AUGCUGGGCAUGGCACUGAUGGUGCUCGGGGUCCUCGUCGGCACCUUCGUUGCCCACGUGGCCUGCAAGCGGCUGAUGGCCCGCUGGGCGCGGGACAGGAUCCAGGGCAGCGACACGCUCAGCGCCGUCGUCCGCGUCGUGGAGGGUGGCAGCGGCCUCAAGGUGGUGGCUCUGGCGCGGCUGACGCCGAUCCCUUUCGGGCUGCAGAACGCCGUCUUCGCGAUUACAGAUUUGUCACUGCCCAACUACCUGAUGGCUUCUUCAGUUGGGCUGCUGCCUACUCAGCUCCUGAACUCCUACUUGGGCACUACCUUGCGCACCAUGGAGGAUGUGAUUGCAGAACAAAGUGUUAGUGGCUAUUUUAUAUUCAGUUUACAGAUUGUUAUAAGCAUAGGACUCAUGUUUUACGUCGUUCACCGAGCUCAAGUGGAACUGAAUGCAGCUAUUGUAGCCUGUGAAAUGGAAAUGAAGACGUCGCUUGUUAAAGACAGUCAACCGAGCAUCAGCGGCUCAACCACAUACUGCAACAAAAGGACAGUAGCAUUCUCUGGAGGAGGUGUCAAUAUUGUGUGAUUUCAAGUAUUAAUAUAGUAAGGUUUUGUGAACCUAA